AUGAAUAUUAAUAGCAGAUCUAUGCGAAUGUUGCAAUCAGUGGCAAGGAAAAACAAAGAGCUGGCCACUAAAUUAGGCGAAUUUAGAAAAAAAAAUGCUCAAACCUCGACUCAAACACGCUUAACAAAAAAUAAUGAAAAAGAUGAUCCAGAUUUUGAGAUCCCAUCAUCGUCUGAUACAUCAAGUUCUGAAGAAGGAAAAGAAGAAGUGGAACCUGAACUUCCUUCGAUCAUUAUUCAUCAAAAUGUUGUGAUUCGUCCUAGAAACGCUAUACCUUCAGAUUCUAACAAUAACAAUGUUAUUGUUUUGGUUACCGAAAUUGUCGAUAUCUUGAUUGGUGCUGCAAUUGAGCAAUCCGAAAACCGAGAAGCCAGUUUAUAUACAAAAACAGGACAGCUCCGAAAACGCAGAAGAUUUAGUACGUCUUUACAAAGCAGAAAAAAACAAAAAGUCGAAGAUAAGAAAAAUAAGCAUUUAUUGAAAGAUCCAUGUGGAGACAAGUGCAAGAAACGCUGUACCAAAAAAAUUUCAGAAGAACAACGUGCAAAUAUAAAUUUGAAUUUCUGGCAAUUAACGGAUUUAGAGCAAAAAACUUUUGUGUUAAAUAUGACAGAAAGGAAAAAUACCAAGAGAAAGGCAUCUUUAGAUUCACGAAGGUCAAUGAGUUUUACCUACAGGCUCAAAGAUGAUAGUGGUACAAUACAGGAAGUAUGCAAAAUAUUUUUCUUGGCAACUCUUGGAUAUUUGCCUAACAAUGAUCGAAUUAUUCGUAGUGCAUUCUCUUCCGCUACUAACUUACAGCUAAAGGCACAAAAAUCCCGACGAGGUUGUACUGGUUCAUCGAAAAAGAUAGAUCGUGCCAUAAUCAGACAGCAUAUAGAGUCUUUUAACCCGUCAAUUUCGCAUUACAGGAGGGAGCACGCUCCUAAUAGGAGAUACCUUCCUAGUGAUGUUACCAUAGUAAUGAUGUACAAUGACUUUAAGGCAAAACAUCCAACUAUCAAUUUUUCCUACUAUUUAUACAGAGAUGUCGUGAGUAAAAUGAAUAUUUCAUUCGCUGCACUUGGACACGAAGAGUGCUUCACUUGCGCAGCAUUCAAAAAUCAUGAAAGCAGCACCAAUCACGAUUCCAAGAAUUUGGGAAAUGACUGCGCCGACGGUAAAUCAUGGAAUAAACAUAUAGGAAUGGCGAAGUCAGCUCGAGAACAAUAUCAAAUUGACGCUGAAGUUGAUAAUCCCAACAUACUGGCAUGUUCAGCAGAUCUUCAGAAGGUCAUUAUGCUUCCGCGGUGCGAAAUGUUCAAGGAGGUGAUUUUCGUACCUCGUAUCAUUGCAUUCAAUGAAAGCAUUGUUCCAAUAGGAAAAAAACACAAAAAAUUUCCCACGGCAGUAGUUUGGCACGAAGCCUUAUCAGGACGAUCCAAAGAAGACAUCAUAAGUGCUUUCUAUGCUUUUUUUCUGGAUAAUAGAGAUGCUGAAAAUAUUAUUUUGUGGUUGGACAACUGUGCAGCGCAAAAUAAAAACUGGACCUUCUUUAGUUUCUGCGUAUAUCUAGUAAAUUCUGCUGAUGUCGCUUUAAACACUCUAACUCUGAAACACUUUGAACCUGGGCAUACGUUCAUGUCAGCCGAUUCUUUCCAUCACCAGGUAGAGAAGUCCUUGAAGCAAAUGAAAAAAGUAUAUGAUUUCGGAGAUUACAAAGAUGCCGUUCAAAAAGCGAACUCGUCGAAAGUGAAAUUGAUUGAAAUGAAAAUUAACAAUUUUUUUAAUUGGGAAGACAAGAGUUAUCAAUAUAAAUUAAGCAAAAUAAAUCCUCGGCCAUAUUUGAGUGAUAUGGUGCAGGUUAAUUUUGAAAAUGGAAAGCAGUCAUUAUCCUACAAAUGCAAAUUUGAUCAACAAGAGGCAACAAUAUUAAAUUUUUUAGUAGCAAAACACCAAAAGAAUGGUUUGGAAAAACCUAAAUGCAAGACUGUCUGUCGUGGCAUAAGUCAAGCUAGAAAAGACACUCUCAUAAACCGCCUACGUGGAAUUAUUCCCAUUACUAGAAUAAACUUUUGGAAAAACUUGCCUGUUUCCGAAAAUCCUGAACAAGAAGACGAGUAA